GCGGCGGCGGCGGCGGCGGCGACUCGGCGGCAGGUGGCGACCACCCGCGCUCACCUCGCUUCUGGGAGCUUCGAGGCCACCCGAGCGUCGGCGGAGGCGGGUCGCGCGGCGCAGGGCGCAGGUGUUGUACUGGGCACAAAAGCCCUCUUUGAAGAACUUCCUAGCCCUAGGGAAGGAUGGCAGAAGCAGUGCUGGUUGAUCUCUUUGGUUUGAAAGUGAGCUCUCAGGAAAACAAUCAGCAGAUUUUACUGAAGAUCUUGAAUGCCCUCAGACACCACCAUGAUACCAAGGCCAAAUUCUUUUGCAUUAUGUGUUGCAGUAGCAGCAUCACCUGUGAAAGGGAUAGCUAUGAUGACAAUUGUCACUUAGAUUCAAGCCAUGGAUUAUCAACUCUCUUUCGAGAAUUUGAGGCAGUUAUCAAUCCCAGCAUGGCUGCCUCUUUGUAUACCAUUAAACAAAAAAUCGAUGAAAAAAAUUUGAGCAGCAUUAAGGUAAUUGUGCCCAUCCACCGGAAAAUGUUGAUGAAGGCCUUUAUUGACCGUCUCUUCACUGAUGUUUAUAGUUUUGAGUUUGAAGAUUUACAGAUGACUCUGAGUGGAGAUCUUUUGAAAGAUUCCACUGAAAAAAACAUGAUCACACCUCAAGAACUAGAAGCAAUCCAGAAUGAAAUACAAACAUAUUUGAGAAGUCUGCCUGCGCUGAAAGGAGAAUUAACCAUUAUUAAAUCUCCUUUGAUCUCAGAUAUUUUCAUACACGGAUUUACUACAAGAACAGGUGGGAUAUCUUACAUACCAACACUCAGCUCCUGCAACCUCUUCAGUAGUUCCAAACGAAGAGAUCCCAAGGCAGUUGUGCAGGAAAAUCUUCGCAGGUUGGGGAAGGCUGCAGGAUUUAAUGCAGAGAAUUUUUACCGAAUCAAGACUGAUCAUGCCAGUGAUGUCUGGAUUAUGGGAAAAAAGGAGCCUGACUCUUAUGAUGGAAUCAUCACCAAUCAGAGAGGAGUCACAAUAGCAGCUCUUGGUGCUGAUUGCAUACCAAUAGUUUUUGCAGAUUCUGUCAAAAAAGUAUGUGGAGUUGCUCACUCUGGUUGGAAAGGUACUUUGUUAGGUGUUGCCAUGGCCACAGUGAAUGCUCUGAUAACAGAAUAUGACUGUAGUUUAGAAGAUAUUAUUGUAGUCCUGGGACCUUCAAUAGGACCGUGCUGUUUUACUCUCCCAAGGGAAUCAGCAGAGGCAUUUCAUAAUCUUCAUCCUGAAUGUGUACGCUUAUUUGACUCACCAAAUCCAUAUGUAGAUAUUCGUAAAGCAACCAGGAUUCUUCUAGAACAGGGAGGAAUUCUUUCACAGAAUAUUCAAGACCAGUACCAAGAUCUCAGCCUCUGUACAUCCUGCCAUCCUGACAAGUUUUUCUCCCAUGUCCGAGAUGGCCUAAAUUUUGGCACACAAAUUGGCUUCAUAUCAAUUAGAGAAUGAGAUACUCCACUGAGUUUUUGCAUAACUUCAUUAUCUCCUUCCAAACUGGCUGAAAGAGAGGAAUGUAGCUGUCUGAUUUGCUUUAAACGUCAUAGAGAUUAAAGUGGUAUAAUCUGUGAUUAGGGAAUAUUUUAAUUAUCAUCCAAAGCCAAAUGAUUGUCAUUUGAUUCUUAAAAACAAAACAAAAAAUGACAUGAACUUCAGUAUUAUGUAGCUUAUUUGUUAUAGAGGUGCAGAUCAUUCUUAAAGUCUUUUGUUCUUUUUCUGACAUAAAUGGGGAAUACAUCUGUUCAGUUACUACAGACAUUGUGUGAAGCUAGGUGAAAUCGAAAUGAGACAUUUUGCCUUAAGCCUAAUGCAGUGCCAAUACCUUUAACACUUUAAUAGCAAUAAAAGUGCAAAAGAAGAAAAGAUUAAGUCAGUCUGGAAGUCAAGAUAGACAAGUUAAUAUUUACCACUUAUAGAAAAAAUAAUAUCAUAACGACAAAGGCUAUUAAGACUUUGAGGGAUGAAGAGGAAGCAGGAAAACCAGGAAGUAUAAAGUAGGAAACUGAAAGUGUGUGGAAUGUGCUAGUGGUUCCCUUUUUAAACUUUGCAGAAAGAUCAGUCAGCACACUUCUGGAAAUCUACCUUCCUUUAAAGAAGCAAAGUGUGCCCCAAUUGCACCAGCAGCAACCAUUGUUACCAGCCACUGCCUUGCCCCUUUAUCCUAGAAUUCUCCCUGAGGGUGGAAUAAUCGUCCACUUUGGGAAAUACUUAUCUAAAAAGAGAAGAGUGUGAGCAGGAGUUAAUGCAAAUACAGACUAGAAACACAACAAGUAAGGAUCUCAAAUGCCAUGUCCAAGAGUUUGGAUUUAUUUACCAGGCAGAUUAGGCAUAAAAGGAGGCGAGUGUCUCUUUUUCAUGUAUGAUCCUCUGAGUACUUUCAGGUGUGGCUAAAACAUUUUUCUUUUUCAGCGGACUCAAGACUUAAUGUCCAAUGAGAGGCAAUAGUCUGUAAAUUAGCAAUAUCAAUGUUGUGAUAGGUAUUGCAAUGUUGUAAUGACUUUAUGCCUUAUCCAAUUUAAUUUUUCUAUUCAGCAUGUGACAGAAUGUAAAUUUGUAAUAAAAUACCUCAUUUCUUUCAGUUUAGGAAAAGCAUUAAUGUAUAGCUUGUAGCAAUUUCAAAUGCAUACAAUACUCUUAUUUAAUGAUUUCUACAAAAAUCAUGGAAUGAUUUUAUUCAAUGGAAAGUUGAUAAAUUCCCAUCUCUUUACUGUGUAGUCUGUUGAUGUUUACAAAUUUCGAGGGUAUUAAGCAGCCACUUUUCACUUUAUGUAUCAAAAUACCUCAAAAUCAAAUAAAAACUACAUUUGAUUAUCUGAUUUUGGAUUAUUUGUGCCAGAACAUGUAACAAAAUGUUGUUUUCUUGCUGUUUCACUGAGAAAAGAAUUGAUGUAAUGACUUUGAAACAGAAUGAGUGCAUUGUUAAAUAAUCAUGUAUUAUUAUUUCCACAAUGUCGGUUUCUCUUGAGCAUUGAUCCAAGCAUACCAUGAGGUACCCUGAGCACAGAGUGAUCCCUGCACCAGAGCCAGAAGUAGGCCUUGAGCCCAGUG